CGACCCUAAUUUCUUCGUUCACCGGAAGAAGGAGAGUCUCUUUCCGUUCCCAGCGCAGCCAUGGCUCGUGGUCCCAAGAAACAUCUGAAGCGUGUAGCAGCGCCAAAACAUUGGAUGCUGGAUAAAUUGACCGGCGUUUUUGCUCCUCGUCCAUCCACUGGUCCUCACAAGCUAAGGGAAUGUCUGCCACUGAUCAUUUUCCUAAGAAACAGACUCAAGUAUGCCCUGACUGGAGAUGAAGUGAAAAAGAUCUGCAUGCAGCGCUUCAUUAAGAUUGAUGGCAAAGUCAGGACUGAUAUAACCUACCCUGCUGGGUUUAUGGAUGUCAUCAGCAUUGACAAGACUGGAGAGAACUUCCGUCUGAUCUAUGACACCAAGGGUCGCUUUGCUGUUCAUCGUAUUACACCUGAAGAGGCCAAGUACAAGUUGUGCAAAGUGAGGAAGAUCUUCGUGGGCACAAAGGGAAUCCCACAUCUGGUGACCCAUGACGCUCGUACCAUUCGCUACCCUGAUCCCCUCAUCAAGGUGAAUGACACCAUUCAGAUCGAUUUGGAGACCGGCAAGAUAACUGACUUCAUCAAGUUUGACACCGGGAACCUGUGCAUGGUGACCGGGGGUGCUAACUUGGGAAGAAUUGGUGUGAUCACCAACAGAGAGAGACAUCCCGGCUCUUUUGAUGUGGUUCAUGUGAAAGAUGCCAAUGGCAACAGUUUUGCCACUCGGCUUUCCAACAUUUUUGUUAUUGGCAAGGGCAACAAACCAUAUAUUUCUCUUCCCCGAGGAAAAGGAAUCCGCCUCACCAUUGCUGAAGAGAGAGACAAGAGGCUAGCGGCCAAACAGAGCAGUGGAUGAAAUAGUCUCUAGGAGACAUGCUGGAGAAGUAUUUGUACUCUUGCUACAAUACAAGCCUUUCAUGGUGGCAUGCUUGAUUAAACAGCAUGAUGAAAUUA